GCAGGGUCGCAGCCGGAAGGCCGCCGACCGUCGCUGCCUGCUGAAAAGCAACUGCGCAGCUCCUCACCACUACCAAAGGGGCUGUACGUGAGGAAGCCAGCAGGGAAGCCUGGACUUUUACUAAUUACCACUGGCUGUUCGUAAACAUCUAUUAAGGCAUGGCAGCGGCCAGCAUUUCGCCUUUCUUCGACAGUGAAGUCUCCGACAAGAACAAGAUGUUCAACUACAGCCAGGCGUGCGCCGGCGCAAGCGGUCAAGUCAAUUCCAGCCGCUACAAGACGGAGCUGUGCCGGCCCUUCGAGGAGAACGGCGCUUGCAAGUACGGCGACAAGUGCCAGUUCGCCCACGGCAUGCAUGAGCUGCGCAGCCUGGUCCGCCACCCCAAGUACAAGACCGAGCUGUGUCGCACCUUUCACACCAUCGGCUUCUGCCCGUACGGCCCCCGCUGCCACUUCAUCCACAACCCCGAGGAACGUCGCGGGCCCCCGCCGCUUUCGCCGUUCAACAAGAUGGGCUGCCCUCGCCUCCAGCACAGUUUCAGCUUCGCGGGCUUCCCCAGCGGCUCCCAAGACAGCCCCACCUCGGUCACGCCGCCUCCCGCUCGCUCCACCGAAGACCUGACCGAGUGGUCCGCCAAUCCCUUCACCUGCUCAAGGCAGGAGAUCGCCGGCCUGUUUGGCCCCGGUUGGGGGGCCCCUCCUGCGUGUGAGCCUCAACUUCCGGACCGGCUUUCCCCAACGAUCUCCUGUUUUUUCCAGCCAGCCUCGGAGGGGCCCCCCAGCCCUCUCAGCUCUCUGUCUGACCAGGAGGGGUACCAGAGCAGCCUUGGCAGUCAGAGUGACUCCGAGUCGUCUGCCCUCCUGGACGCGUCCCGCCGCCUCCCGAUAUUCAGCAGGCUCUCGGUUUCCGACGAGUAAGAUUUAUUUUGUGGAGCGACAACAGCGAAGAUGAGGACCCCCCCCCCCCACCACCACCACCACGACUCCCCCACUCCUCAGCUCUGUUCACAGAAGAACUCCGAUAUCCAAUAUCAGAUGCCUUAUCUUUUGAGGGUUUCACUUCUUUCUGUUGCGUUUUGCACCCCUUUUCAAUUGCCGCCGGGUCUCUAACAAAACGAACAAUUGCUAACCCAAGUAUCGUCUCCGCGCGCACGCCCUGGCCACGGUGCCGUGUCAAAGAAUGUGAAGCAUUGUGAAAUGUAGCUCCGAUUUAUAAAGCAGUAAAGUGUGCACUUUUCAUCGGAAGCGGCAGCAACGAGGGAGGGCAGCUGUGCGCCGCGUCUGUCGCCGUUGUUGCCAAUCUCCGGGCAGUCCCGCGUUAUUGCCCGUGCCACAACCUUUUAAACCUCCCUGUGAAAGCUCAGUGUUUAAUUUGUAAGGAUCGCCUCAGCGGAGUGAACAGGCGGACAUCAGGUGAGAUUUUUUUUUGUUUGUUUGUUUGUUUUUGUCAAGCUAACAAUCGACCUCAUCAAAACCCAGUUUCUUUAAAAUCACGGCGAGUGAGCUCGCGCUGUUGUCGAUGUCCGCUAGUCACACGUAGCUCCUACUUAGCAAGGCUGGAAUCCUGCAGCUGUUCCGAGGACAGAAAUGACAAGACGGUUUGGUGCAGGCCCUGCAGCGUGAAGCAUCAAUUUCGGGCGAUUAAUCGUUGCCACGGGUUCUGUUUUGUUCCGAGUUUUGUUGAUCAUGGAGCCCCCCCUCUGAGGUCAAUAUUAACUGGCCGCAGGAGGCGAACUAAAUUUCUAAAGUGUCAGCAGACGAUGUUGAGCAGUCAUUCGGAAGGUGCGGCCUCUGAGCUUGGCCAAGUUUUGUUCCUAAAUGUUGAGUCAUCGCUUUUGGUCUCUCCUCCCUGUCUUAGCCGAUGUCUUGGCCAGCUGAAGUGUUUAGCGUGAUUCCCCCUUCGUUCAUAUCGAUUGUAUAUUAUUAUUAUUAUUAUUAUUAUUAUUAUUGUCGCGUUUAUUCCAUAGAGCCCUAAAGCGUCUCGGCUUUGGUUGUCACUGCUUAUUUAUCAAAGUAUAUUUAUUGCUGAUCUUAAGCAUUUUUACGUUGUAUUUAUCUAUUAAUGAAACAAUAGUAUAUAUAUAUUUUUUUUUCCUUUUGUUAAAUUAUGAUCUUCCACAAUCGCAAGAUUGUGACGAUGAUUUUUUUUUUUUUACAGUAAUGUAUUACACUGCAAUGACAUUUCUGUUAACGCAUUUUUUCCUCUUUGUCUUGGAACGUGAUCUCAAUUUAAAGCAAAGCGCACCGAGGUGUAGCAUUUUUUUUUUUUUUGGGUGACCUGCUCCUCCCGCGUGUUGGACCGAUGCUUGGCCCAGUCUUGCACGCAAAGGGCGCAGGUGGUAUUUAUGCUCGAUUACAGCCGUUGGAAUUUUUGCACUAAUUAUCUGGGAAACGUAACUCUUGUACGUCUCAUGAAUCGACAUAAGAGAACAAUAUCUUAUGCAUUUGCUAGGUUGUAUCGAUGAAGUGACCAAUGCUAAUACUUUUUUUGUUUUGUUUUUAACAUAUGAGCCUAGUUUACUUUACCACCUGUACCGUGCAUUGACAAAUGCUGCUUACAAAGUGUGUUUUAGGCCUCGAGAAUGUAGACUGGUUCUGGAGCAGUCCUGUCCUCAUAGCAGUAACUGGGAUUUGGGAUUCAUGUCAUGUGAUGCAUCACAGAGUCUUGGGUGAUUAGAGGAAGAUUUAUCAGCUCAUUUUUGGUUUUUUUUAAAGAGUAAAACAAGCUUGCCUUUUUUCUCUAUCACGCACAGAUGUACGAGCACUUUUUUCUUGAUGAUGAUGAUGUAAAAGGUUAUUUUUGACCACUCUUUCCCAUGAAGUGCCUAAAAAAACAUUCCAGGUUUCACAGGUGUUGUGCCUUCCUAUUUUUUUAUGGUAUGAAUGCUUAAAAAGCCCUGAAAUUUAUUCCUGUAGGUAAAGAGGUUAACAGCAUUGGAAUGCAGCCGUGGCUGCUCACUACAGUAGCAUCUUUGUUUAAUGGUUUAUUUUGUGAUGACAGAUUGCAGUUAAAACCAAUAAAACGUGUUUAUAUUGGA